ACCCAAAGGAAAUACACCUUCUAGAACUGUAACGGACUUCCUGUUUCUCUGUGGUAAAAAUGGCUGCUCGCAGGCUGCUUUCUUGGUACCUGACUGUAUUCACAUUACUGUGCUUAUUUUGUUAUCGUAUAACCGUGGCAACCGAUGAAAUUGAGAGGCAAGCAAAUCAGUUUUUUGGAAGUGGACAUACAAACAACUGGGCAGUUUUGGUGUGUACAUCUAGGUUCUGGUUUAACUAUCGUCAUGUGGCCAAUACACUCUCAGUUUACAGAAGCGUCAAGAGACUGGGGAUCCCUGACAGUCACAUUGUUCUGAUGCUGGCAGAUGAUAUGGCCUGUAACCAUAGAAACCCCAAACCUGCUACUGUCUUCAGCCACAAAAACAUGGAGUUGAACGUAUAUGGGGAUGAUGUUGAAGUGGACUACAGAGGAUAUGAGGUUACUGUUGAAAAUUUCCUGCGUGUUUUAACUGGCCGCUUGCCACCAAGCACCCCUCGAUCAAAACGACUUCUUUCUGAUGACAGAAGUAACAUUCUGAUUUAUAUGACAGGUCACGGUGGGAAUGGUUUCUUGAAAUUUCAGGAUUCUGAAGAAAUAAGUAAUGUUGAGCUUGCUGAUGCUUUUGAACAGAUGUGGCAAAAAAGAAGGUACAAUGAGCUGCUGUUCAUCAUUGACACUUGCCAAGGUGCUUCCAUGUAUGAAAGGUUCUAUUCUCCCAAUGUAAUGGCCCUGGCCAGCAGCCAGAUUGGGGAAGACUCGCUUUCACACCAGCCUGAUCUUGCAAUUGGAGUUCAUCUGAUGGACAGAUACACCUUUUAUCUUCUGGAAUUCUUGGAAGAUAUUCAUCCAGCUAGUCAAACCAAUAUGAACGAUUUAUUCAAAGUGUGCCCCAAAAGCUUGUGUGUUUCAACACCAGGUCACAGGAUUGACCUAUUCCAGAGGAACCCCAGGAGCGUUCUGAUCACUGACUUCUUUGGAAGUGUCCGAAAAGUGGAGAUUACAACAGAGACUGUCAAGCUCAUCCCAAACAUCACUGAGAAGAAUGAAAAACUGACUGAGGAAGUGAUGCUUACUGAACCACAGAAGUAUGUUCAACAAAUGCCUGUGGCUGAAAUAAUUCAUCAGAAACCAAAACAGAAGGACUGGCACCCUCCAGAUGGAUUUAUCCUUGGGCUAUGGACAUUAAUUAUCCUUGUGUUUUUCAAAACUUAUGGGAUCAAGCAUUUGAAGCACAUAUUUUAAGGCAUUUAUCUUCAGUUGUCUGAAAUGCCUUUCUGCGAUUUGUCUCCCAGAAGAAGAAAGUUUCAGUGUCACAACGAUAGAAUCUUUAACUUCUGUUUUUUUCUUUUUCCUCUUUUUGAAAUGGCACCUCAGGGUUAGUGAUCCUUUAUCAAAUGACUAAGAGGGGAGCAGAAAAAGCAUUUUGUUCUAGAAUUUCAGACUACUGCUGGUAAAGUAGCACACAAAACAAUUAAACACUGGGUCGUUCAUUUUGAAGAGCAAGCUUCAAUUUAAAUGUAACAGCAACUCAGUCCGGGUUGUGCAUAAACCAAAAGCACCUAUAUUGCCUGUUUCUAUUACUAAACCAUUUAGGUGCAUAUUGCUGGAAUGUUUUUAUUAGGAACAUUUAUGAUUGGUUUCACAGACCCUGAUUGUCACUAAUAUUGGACUCCCUUACUUAAAGUGAAGUUAGGUAGUGCCAAUCUACUCUUCUCCAUUGUGUUUGAAUAUGUGCUGGUUAAUACACACAGAUACUUUACAGUAUGAAGAUUGGUUUGUAAGGUGUAAAUGUGUAAUUUAUGUUGUGUCAAAUAAAUAUAUGUUAUUUUUAUGUUAA